CUGUGGAGCCGCGUGGCGUCGAGGAAGAAGACCAGCACGGAGGCCGCGAAGCAGCCGCCCCAGGCCGCCAUGCAGAAGGCGCCCGGCGGCCCGCUGGAGCCGGAGCCGUGCGUCGCCACGGCGAUCACCGCGCAGCCCAGGGCCAGCUGGCACAGCCGGGCGGCGCCCAGCGGAGAGCAGAGAGCCGCCCGGUUCAGUGAGCUCAUGCCGUUUGGAAACAUCCUGCACCUCAUCCCUCUGGCAGAGAGCGUGGUGAAGCUGAACGCCGUCUGCAUGCAGUGUUACAAAGAGGCUGCCUACACCAAGAGGCUCGGAGCCGAGAAGGAGGUGAGGAGGCAAAGAUGGGAAUAUUCAGAGAGGUCAAAGGGCACAAAGCACAUUCAAAGACUGGUGAAUCAGGUUCAAAACUCCUAA